CGGGGAGAGGCGGGGAUAACAGCUCACUCCAGCGGUCUCGCUCACGUGACCACUGCAGUUCCUUGUUAUGCUCCCUGUCCCAGGCCAGGGUAGGCACUUCCAGGGGCUCCUUCUGUGCGGGGCUGCAGAGUGCUGCCAGGUGUGGAGAGAUUAAUCAGUGACAGAAAGCUGCCUCUUUGGGAGCAGUGACCAGCUGUGGUCAGGAGAGCCUCUUCCCGGCCAGCCCUAGGAGUCUGUCCAGCUUCCUGCCUGCUGCUCACCCUCCUGCUGCGGCCAUGGGGCACCUUGGGGCCCUCCUCUUCCUGCUGGGGGCCCUGGGGGCUCUCGCUGAUAUCUGCAGCAUACCAGAGGUGGACAGCAAGCUGGUGCAGGGGCUGGGCCAGCACCUCUUGCCCUGGAUGGACCAGCUCUCCCCAGAGCACUUGAACCCCAGUAUCUACGUGGGCCUGCGCCUCUCUAGCCUGGAGGCCGGAGACAAGGAGGCCCUCUACCUGCACAGCCUCAAGCUCAGCUACCAGCAGAGCCUCUUGGGGUCUGCCACCAGCAAUGACAAUAAUGACUCCCAGGCCAAGCCCUCCGUGGGCCAGCUGGCCCCCUACCUGCUUGCUCUCAGGGCCAACUGUGAAUUUGUCGGAGGCCGCAAGGGGGACAGGCUGGUCUCUCAGUUGAAGCGGUUCCUGGAGGAUGAGAAGAGGGCCAUUGGGGAUAAUCACCAGGGCCGUCCCCAUACCAGCUACUACCAGUACGGCCUGAGCAUCCUGGCCCUAUGCGUCCACCAGAAGCGGGUCCACGACAGUGUGGUGGGCAAGCUCCUGUAUGCUGUGGAACACGACCAUCAUCUCCACCAAGGCCACCUCUCUGUGGAUACAUUAGCCAUGGCAGGCUUGGCCUUCACCUGUCUGAAGCGCUCCAACCUCAACACUGAUCAGAGCAACCGGAUCAACCUGGCCAUCAGGACAGUGCAAGAGAAGAUCCUGAAGGCCCAGACCCCAGAAGGCCACUUUGGGAAUGUCUACAGUACCCCUCUGGCACUGCAGUUGCUAAUGACCUCCCCUGUGCCCGGAGUGGAGCUGGGCAGAGCAUGCCUCAACGCGGGGGCUGCUCUGUCAGCCAGCGUGCAGAAUGGGGCCUUCCAGAAUGCUCUCAUGAUUUCCCAGCUGCUGCCUGUCUUGAACCACAAAAGCUAUGUGGAUCUCAUCUCUCCAGACUGCCUGGCACCAAGAGUCAUGUUGGAACAAACUGUGGAGUCCUUUUCACAGAGCCAAGUCCCAGAGGUCAUCCAUGUCACACUGAAGGUUCCCAGUGUCUGGCCGCCAUACAGACACUUCAUCUCUGUCCCUGCUGGGUCCUCAUUGGAAGAUGUCCUAAAGAAGGCCCAAGAGCUCGGAGGAUUCAUGUAUAAAACAAAGGCUUCCUUGUCAGGCCCUUACCUGACCUCUGUUAUGGGAAAAGAAGCUGAGGAACGUGAGUUCUGGCAGCUCAUCCAAGCCCCCGACACCCCACUGCAGCAAGGUAUUGCUGACUACAGACCCAAGAAUGGAGAAACCAUCGAGCUGAGGCUGGUUGUCUGGUAGCCUCACACUGGCUCACCCACUCCAGCAGCUACACACAGUCCCUAUACUUCCACCUUCCCUCCAGACACCAUUGUAACAGGCAUAAGCCUGACCCUGCCUGCCUCCUCAUGUGCUCUUGGAGCAAUGUCCCCGGAUCACCAGCCACCACUUUUGUGAGGCUUCUAAGCAAGGAACCAAGCACCUUCUCCCAGAGGUCUGUCUGCCUGGGUCUGGCUCAACCUGGCCCCACAGGCAUCCUGUGAAGACCACUCAGUCUGAAAGGCAUGCAGCAUCUCAGACUCCUCAGCACAAGAAAUCUGCUAGCUGCUGGCAUUGUGAGUACCACCUUCUCUGGGAUUGGGGUCCUGCAGGGAGACCUCUGCAGCCCCAAGGGCUGGGGCCCUGAGCCUAGCUCUCCAGUGCACCGUCAGAAUGGUGGCCUUAGAGCUAGCUGUGGCAAGGGCUCUGCACUCUGCAGGGCUGCUCAAAGCCUACCUCUGAAAUGAUUAAAGCGUUGAUUGUGCACAUG